AUGGACAAGUCCCUCUUGCUGGAACUCCCCAUCCUGCUCUGCUGCUUUAGGGCAUUAUCUGGAUCACUUUCAAUGAGAAAUGAUGCAGUCAAUGAAAUAGUUGCUGUGAAAAACAAUUUUCCUGUGAUAGAAAUUGUUCAAUGUAGGAUGUGCCACCUCCAGUUCCCAGGAGAAAAGUGCUCCAGAGGAAGAGGAAUAUGCACAGCAACAACAGAAGAGGCCUGCAUGGUUGGAAGGAUGUUCAAAAGGGAUGGUAAUCCCUGGUUAACCUUCAUGGGCUGCCUAAAGAACUGUGCUGAUGUGAAAGACAUAAGGUGGAGUGUCUAUUUGGUGAACUUCAGGUGCUGCAGAAGCCACGACCUGUGCAAUGAAGACCUUUAG